AUGGCAUUGGUAACAAUUCGUCGUACUCCAAGUGUCCAAACGCCUAAAAAAACGGAUGAAGAAGAAAAAUCUAGCGAAGUCAUUGACGAAGAUGCCACAAAUCGUACUAAUAAAAGCCUCAAUGAGUGUUACUUCGCGAACAAGGGCGCGGCACUGGUGCUGGGUAGCGCAGAGAACGGUUGCGCUGACCGUCGGCGAUCUCCGGCCCGUGUCCAGCCGCAGCCCGACAUACAUCACCACCUACAGUCCAUGUUUUACUUGGUGCGCCCGGAGGAGACGCUCAAAAUGGCGGUGAAAUUGGAGAGCGCUCACGCCGGUCGAACGCGCUACCUGGUAGUGGUGUGCCGGCAAGACGAGGCCGCCCUACUGGGCAUCGACUGUAAUGAGGGCACGACUGUAGGCCUUGUGCUGCGAGUGCUCGCCGAUACAUCUAUCAAAUUAGAUGGAGAUGGCGGGUUUAGUGUGUGUGUGUGCAAUCGACAACAUAUAUUCAAACCGGUGUCUGUCCAAGCCAUGUGGUCAGCACUACAGACUCUGCACAGGGCGAGCGGCAGGGCGCGGGAGUUGAACCAUUUUGCGGGCGGGACAUCGCACGCAUGGUGUUCGUACUAUGAAGGCCAUAUAGACUCGGACCGCUCAUGCCUUAAUGAAUGGUACGCCAUGGAUUGUAUUGAAUCACGCCGACCGCCCUCACCUGACUCUCUUCGACAUAAACCUCGACAAAGAGACGAGACAGAGAGAGUAAUAAGGUGCACACUAAAAGAAAUUAUGAUGAGCGUAGAUUUGGACGAGGUUACAAGUAAAGCGAUUCGAGGACGCCUAGAAGACGAGUUAGAUAUGGAUUUAGCUGAAUAUAAAUCUUUCAUAGAUCAGGAAAUGCUGACUAUACUUGGACAAAUGGAUGCCCCCACUGAAAUAUUUGACCACGUCUACUUGGGAUCCGAAUGGAAUGCCAGCAAUCUGGAGGAGUUGCAGAGGAAUGGAGUUCGACAUAUAUUAAAUGUAACAAGAGAAAUAGACAAUUUUUUCCCUGGCAUGUUUGAUUACCUAAAUGUUAGAGUAUAUGACGAUGAUAAGACUGACCUUUUAAAACAUUGGGAUAAUACUUAUAAAUAUAUUAAUAAAGCCAGAAAUGAGGGAUCAAAAGUUCUCGUUCAUUGCAAAAUGGGUAUCAGCAGAUCUGCCUCUGUCGUGAUCGCUUAUGCCAUGAAGGCCUUCAACUGGCAUUUCGAUAAAGCUCUCAAAUAUGUGAAAGCGAAAAGAAACUGCAUUAAACCGAACACAAAUUUCUUGAACCAAUUAGAGACAUACCAAGGUAUUCUCGAUGCCAUGAAAAAUAAAGAAAAGUUGCAAAGGUCUAAGUCAGAAACAAAUCUUAAGUCUCCAAAGAAUGCAUCGAAAAUGGAUAAUAAAAUAACUGACCCCACGCCUUUAGCUUUGGCUAUGACGGGUUCUUAUACGGGACGACCGCGAUCCUGGUCUCCAGACACUAAACUAGCGUCAGAAUUACUUCCUCCGACUUCGGUGUCCCUUGAACACCUCGCUUUGUCAGAGACCCGGCAUAUGUUGAUGCCUUGCGCUAGUGGCAGCUACAGUGUCUCUCCGAAUCAAAUCAUUAGACUAAAGGAAGAAGGAGUUCUUUCAGUUAAGCAUAUCGUUAAUGAAAUCGAAAAUGCCGCAAUCGGAGAUAAAAAGGAAGCUCCCCGAAGAAAUCAGCGAUUAAAUUUUAACAACGUCCCUGAUAACAUCUCAGCUAGUAAUAUCGGGGAUCAGACAAGUAAACUCCAAUCGUCUCCGUUACGCAACGUAGGACAAAAGUAUUCGCAGUUAGACGACAGAAUACACACGUGGGAUCCGGGGGAAGCGCAGUGGGUGAACAAUGAAGAAUUAGGGAACCCUAGCGACAGUGACAAUAUAGUGAAGAGUGAUAGUGGUAUUGUGGACAUUAAAUUAAAACCGAACGACGUCAUAUACGGUUCGGUCGAACGAAGUUUAGACUGUGACGAGAGAAGAGCCGUCGACGAGGACGCGCCGCCGCCGAGUCGACAGAGCUCUUGGAGCUCGUUCGAUAGUGCGGCCCACGACCUCUCUCGGCACUCCUCGUGGGGCUCCUACGACACGCGCUCCUGUCGCCCCCAGGUGGUCGCAAGAGACGACAAACGGCCCAAGGAGCCGCCCGAUUCGCCCGCGCCGCCGAAGCCCGCCUCCGACCUCGGCAUCAUCGACGAGCAUACGGAGCCGCGCCGGCGUGGUGCUCCGCCCCGCCCGCCCGUCGAUAUCGCGGAAAACGAACGCAAAUUCAACGAAACGUGUGCCAUACUAAAGGAGAUCGCGUCGACCGAGGCGGGUGAAGAGCGGGGUCGCCUGGCGGCGACAUGGGGCGGAAGGCUGUCGGCUUCGGCACCGCCCGACACGUGGCUGCGGUCCGGGCCAAGACGCCGCCGCCUUGCCGCUGCGUCCCACGGAGACCUGCCGCGCGACACUCCCGCGCCACCAGCCCUCUCCGGAGCGGCGGGCUUAGUCAGCAACCUGAAGAAGGAAUUCGAGGCACGCUCCGAGAGCGAGCGGCCGCGACGGUCGGCGUCGCGAGGCCGCGGCGGAGAGGACGUGUCGGUGCGGGUACUGGUGGACCGUUACGACGCUCCGACCCGCGCUCGCUCGGAGUCCGGCGGCGGUGGUCGGGCAGCUCGCGGCUCGUUCUGCGGUGCCGAGAGGCCACCCGUGGCGCCGACGGUGCUGGCGCUGGCUCCGCUGCACUACACGGACCUUGUGUCGACCGUCCUGUCUAAAGCUCAAACUAAGAAACUGGCGCAGCACGGGAAGACGCACCCGUUGACGAGGCUCAACUUGAAUCGAUCGAACUCUAGGUGUUCGAAUCCUGUGUACAAUACUAUGUAG